AUGGCGCCAAACACACCCGCUUCCUUCCACAUGCGCAGCUUGAGUCGACUCGCAGCUUGGAAGCACAGCAACAUGGCAGCAUGGGUAGCGACACAGCAUGGCAGCAUAGCAGCAUGGGUUGCGACACAGCAUGGCAGCAUAGCAGCAUGGGUUGCGACACAGCAUGGCAGCAUAGCAGCAUGGGUUGCGACACAGCAUGGCAGCAUAGCAGCAUGGGUUGCGACACAGCAUGGCAGCAUAGCAGCAUGGGUUGCGACACAGCAUGGCAGCAUAGCAGCAUGGGUUGCGACACAGCAUGGCAGCAUAGCAGCAUGGGUUGCGACACAGCAUGGCAGCAUAGCAGCAUGGGUUGCGACACAGCAUGGCAGCAUAGCAGCAUGGGUUGCGACACAGCAUGGCAGCAUAGCAGCAUGGGUUGCGACACAGCAUGGCAGCAUAGCAGCAUGGGUUGCGACACAGCAUGGCAGCAUAGCAGCAUGGGUUGCGACACAGCAUGGCAGCAUAGCAGCAUGGGUUGCGACACAGCAUGGCAGCAUAGCAGCAUGGGUUGCGACACAGCAUGGCAGCAUAGCAGCAUGGGUUGCGACACAGCAUGGCAGCAUAGCAGCAUGGGUUGCGACACAGCAUGGCAGCAUAGCAGCAUGGGUUGCGACACAGCAUGGCAGCAUAGCAGCAUGGGUUGCGACACAGCAUGGCAGCAUAGCAGCAUGGGUUGCGACACAGCAUGGCAGCAUAGCAGCAUGGGUUGCGACACAGCAUGGCAGCAUAGCAGCAUGGGUUGCGACACAGCAUGGCAGCAUAGCAGCAUGGGUUGCGACACAGCAUGGCAGCAUAGCAGCAUGGGUUGCGACACAGCAUGGCAGCAUAGCAGCAUGGGUUGCGACACAGCAUGGCAGCAUAGCAGCAUGGGUUGCGACACAGCAUGGCAGCAUAGCAGCAUGGGUUGCGACACAGCAUGGCAGCAUAGCAGCAUGGGUUGCGACACAGCAUGGCAGCAUAGCAGCAUGGGUUGCGACACAGCAUGGCAGCAUAGCAGCAUGGGUUGCGACACAGCAUGGCAGCAUAGCAGCAUGGGUUGCGACACAGCAUGGCAGCAUAGCAGCAUGGGUUGCGACACAGCAUGGCAGCAUAGCAGCAUGGGUUGCGACACAGCAUGGCAGCAUAGCAGCAUGGGUUGCGACACAGCAUGGCAGCAUAGCAGCAUGGGUUGCGACACAGCAUGGCAGCAUAGCAGCAUGGGUUGCGACACAGCAUGGCAGCAUAGCAGCAUGGGUUGCGACACAGCAUGGCAGCAUAGCAGCAUGGGUUGCGACACAGCAUGGCAGCAUAGCAGCAUGGGUUGCGACACAGCAUGGCAGCAUAGCAGCAUGGGUUGCGACACAGCAUGGCAGCAUAGCAGCAUGGGUUGCGACACAGCAUGGCAGCAUAGCAGCAUGGGUUGCGACACAGCAUGGCAGCAUAGCAGCAUGGGUUGCGACACAGCAUGGCAGCAUAGCAGCAUGGGUUGCGACACAGCAUGGCAGCAUAGCAGCAUGGGUUGCGACACAGCAUGGCAGCAUAGCAGCAUGGGUUGCGACACAGCAUGGCAGCAUAGCAGCAUGGGUUGCGACACAGCAUGGCAGCAUAGCAGCAUGGGUUGCGACACAGCAUGGCAGCAUAGCAGCAUGGGUUGCGACACAGCAUGGCAGCAUAGCAGCAUGGGUUGCGACACAGCAUGGCAGCAUAGCAGCAUGGGUUGCGACACAGCAUGGCAGCAUAGCAGCAUGGGUUGCGACACAGCAUGGCAGCAUAGCAGCAUGGGUUGCGACACAGCAUGGCAGCAUAGCAGCAUGGGUUGCGACACAGCAUGGCAGCAUAGCAGCAUGGGUUGCGACACAGCAUGGCAGCAUAGCAGCAUGGGUUGCGACACAGCAUAGCAGCAUGGGUUGCGACACAGCAUGGCAGCAUAGCAGCAUGGGUUGCGACACAGCAUGGCAGCAUAGCAGCAUGGGUUGCGACACAGCAUGGCAGCAUAGCAGCAUGGGUUGCGACACAGCAUGGCAGCAUAGCAGCAUGGGUUGCGACACAGCAUGGCAGCAUAGCAGCAUGGGUUGCGACACAGCAUGGCAGCAUAGCAGCAUGGGUUGCGACACAGCAUGGCAGCAUAGCAGCAUGGGUUGCGACACAGCAUGGCAGCAUAGCAGCAUGGGUUGCGACACAGCAUGGCAGCAUAGCAGCAUGGGUUGCGACACAGCAUGGCAGCAUAGCAGCAUGGGUUGCGACACAGCAUGGCAGCAUAGCAGCAUGGGUUGCGACACAGCAUGGCAGCAUAGCAGCAUGGGUUGCGACACAGCAUGGCAGCAUAGCAGCAUGGGUUGCGACACAGCAUGGCAGCAUAGCAGCAUGGGUUGCGACACAGCAUGGCAGCAUAGCAGCAUGGGUUGCGACACAGCAUGGCAGCAUAGCAGCAUGGGUUGCGACACAGCAUGGCAGCAUAGCAGCAUGGGUUGCGACACAGCAUGGCAGCAUAGCAGCAUGGGUUGCGACACAGCAUGGCAGCAUAGCAGCAUGGGUUGCGACACAGCAUGGCAGCAUAGCAGCAUGGGUUGCGACACAGCAUGGCAGCAUAGCAGCAUGGGUUGCGACACAGCAUGGCAGCACAGCAGCAUGGGUUGCGACACAGCAUGGCAGCAUAGCAGCAUGGGUUGCGACACAGCAUGGCAGCAUAGCAGCAUGGGUUGCGACACAGCAUGGCAGCAUAGCAGCAUGGGUUGCGACACAGCAUGGCAGCAUAGCAGCAUGGGUUGCGACACAGCAUGGCAGCAUAGCAGCAUGGGUUGCGACACAGCAUGGCAGCAUAGCAGCAUGGGUUGCGACACAGCAUGGCAGCAUAGCAGCAUGGGUUGCGACACAGCAUGGCAGCAUAGCAGCAUGGGUUGCGACACAGCAUGGCAGCAUAGCAGCAUGGGUUGCGACACAGCAUGGCAGCAUAGCAGCAUGGGUUGCGACACAGCAUGGCAGCAUAGCAGCAUGGGUUGCGACACAGCAUGGCAGCAUAGCAGCAUGGGUUGCGACACAGCAUGGCAGCACAGCAGCAUGGGUUGCGACACAGCAUGGCAGCAUAGCAGCAUGGGUUGCGACACAGCAUGGCAGCAUAGCAGCAUGGGUUGCGACACAGCAUGGCAGCAUAGCAGCAUGGGUUGCGACACAGCAUGGCAGCAUAGCAGCAUGGGUUGCGACACAGCAUGGCAGCAUAGCAGCAUGGGUUGCGACACAGCAUGGCAGCAUAGCAGCAUGGGUUGCGACACAGCAUGGCAGCAUAGCAGCAUGGGUUGCGACACAGCAUGGCAGCAUAGCAGCAUGGGUUGCGACACAGCAUGGCAGCAUAGCAGCAUGGGUUGCGACACAGCAUGGCAGCAUAGCAGCAUGGGUUGCGACACAGCAUGGCAGCAUAGCAGCAUGGGUUGCGACACAGCAUGGCAGCAUAGCAGCAUGGGUUGCGACACAGCAUGGCAGCAUAGCAGCAUGGGUUGCGACACAGCAUGGCAGCAUAGCAGCAUGGGUUGCGACACAGCAUGGCAGCAUAGCAGCAUGGGUUGCGACACAGCAUGGCAGCAUAGCAGCAUGGGUUGCGACACAGCAUGGCAGCAUAGCAGCAUGGGUUGCGACACAGCAUGGCAGCAUAGCAGCAUGGGUUGCGACACAGCAUGGCAGCAUAGCAGCAUGGGUUGCGACACAGCAUGGCAGCAUAGCAGCAUGGGUUGCGACACAGCAUGGCAGCAUGGGUUGCGACACAGCAUGGCAGCAUAG